AGGCAAAGGUGAGACCUUCCGCGUAGAUGUGCUCAUGUAUGUUUUCGUUACGGCUUGCGCGCACACUUAAAAACUCUGCCCCAAAAAAAGGAAGAAACCACCAAAUUUCUGUUGGAUGUUUCAAAAGCUGACAGUAAAAGUGGAUUUGCAAGUACAGCUGCCUCAUAUGUAUCCACAUGUAGCUCCUCAGCUUUUUGCAAGAUCAGACGCACUGCACAGACAGCAACAGUCGCAGCUCAACACUCGUCUCGCUUCUCACAUCAGCUCUUUGGAUUCAGGUGAGCUGCAUAUAUAUGAAGCUGUGCAAUGGGUUAAAGACAACAGCCUGCCUUACCUGGAAAACAGUAAGAUCUCUUCCGAAAGCGCUUCAAAAGAAGUCGUAGUUAAAGGAACAUUGCAUCGCAUGUGGAUCUACAGCCAUCAUAUAUAUAGGCAGGAACUGAGGAAAAAGAUUUUUGACUGUGCAAAGACGUUAAAUCUGACAGGCUUCUGCCUAACAGGGAAACCUGGCGUCAUCUGUGUGGAGGGGCUCCAGGAAAACUGUGAAGAGUUCUGGCGUGUUAUUAGGUAUCCCAACUGGAAGCAUAUUUCGUGCAAGCAUGUGGAGAAUAUAGAAACAGAGGGCAGCAUUGAUAAUCUUCGUCUCUUUCAUGCUUUUGAAGACCUACAGUUUCAGGCACAUGGUGAUUAUGGCCUGAGGAAUGACUAUCACAUGGAUCUUGGCCAGUUCUUAGAAUUCCUGAAACAACAUCAGAGCGGACACAUUUUUCAGAUUUUAUUCGGUGUCGAAGGCAAACUUUCAGACAAGUAAGAAACUGUGUAAGGAGUUUUGGACAGCAGGAGGUGAUGCUAACAUUGAAAUAUUGCGCCUUAUAGCUACUGUGAAAAGGGAAACUGUUUAACAUGUGAGAAGAAAAGUUCAAGUAGUUAAUCUUAGCUUCUGUUCUGAAUUGCCACAUUUUUGAGAGAUAUUUACUUUCUGAGACCCUAAAAUUGGCAUUUGUCACUAUGAGCCACGGCUCCAAGUGCUUGCAAGGUGAUAAACAUCCCACACAUAUGCUGAAUUACACACUUCUGUCUCCUUACCUGUUCCGUGCUGUGCAGACCUGUAAGUUAACUUCUGCGUACAGCUGUGGGAUACCAAAGUGGCUGCAGUCACAGAUUAACAUGGUUUCCAAUACAGAAGCACACCCAGCUCAGGGAAAUCUCACUGCUACAUUCAUGCAGUGUCUUUUACUGCUUCACAAAGCAUCUGCUCUCACUUCAUUCAAGUAAUCCAUGAAAUGCAAAGGCUUGUGUCCAACCACAGGGCCAAGCUUUGCUUUUAAAUAAAGGGUGGGGGGAAACAGAAAGAAGCCCACGUCACCGCAUCCCUUGCAUGCUUUGGGUAAAUUCUAUCACCAAUACCACCAUUUUCACAGUCCUCUUUCCUGUGAUCUGAUUAUGGUUUGGUUAUGUUAAUAGUAGUUUUUCAGCUGCUCAGCUCAUGGAAUUUUAUAUUUACAUUGUUAGGCCAAACACCUUGGAAAUGAAAAUGUGUAGGAUGAGACAAAGUUUAGUGUUUCCUCUGUUUUCCCCCUACAUUACAAAAGGAAAUAUAUGUACAAUAUAGGAAAAUGAAAAUAUAGAUACAUUAUGCAUUAAAUAAAAAUACACAUAACUUUA